GGCAGCGAGCGAGCGGGCGAGGCAGCGACAGAGCCCGGCGGCCACCAUGGAGCUGGCGAUGGAGAACCUGGGCAGCCUGCACGGCGUCCCGCACUCGCAGCCCACCGAGCUGCUGAGCCCCGCGCACGGGCGGCAGAGCUCGCACCGCAACCUGGUGCCGCACGGGCGGCCUGCCAUGGUCUCGGGCAUGGCCUCCAUCCUGGAGGGGGGCGACUACCGCGGCGAGCACAGCCUGGGAGCCCCGCUGCACCCCGCCAUGAGCAUGUCCUGCGAGUCGCCCUCCGGCAUGAGCCUGAGCAGCACCUACACCACGCUGACUCCCCUGCAGCACCUGCCGCCCAUCUCCACCGUCUCGGAGAAGUUCCACCACCCGCACCACCACCACCACCACCACCACCCGCACCAGCGCCUGGCCGGCAACGUCAGCGGCAGCUUCACCCUCAUGCGCGACGAGCGGAGCUUGGCCUCCAUGGGCAACCUCUACAGCCACUACCCCAAGGACAUGCCGGCCAUGGGGCAGCCCCUGUCGCCGCUUCCCAACGGGCUGGGUAGCCUCCACAACGCCCAGCAGCCGCUGGCCCCCUACGGCCCCGCCGGCCACUUGCCCAACGAGAAGAUGCUCUCGCCCAACGGCUUCGACUCGCACGCCGCGAUGCUGUCCCGGGGCGAGGAGCACCUGGCGCGGGGGCUGGCGGCGCCCAGCUCGGCCAUGAUGCCGCCGCUCAACGGGAUGCACCCGCACGGCCACCCGCACGGCCAGCCCGGCGCCUCGCUGCUGGGCGAGCGGGAGCGCCCGGCGCCCGGCCCCGGCUCCCAGCCCGGCGGCUCCGGGCAGGUGGAGGAGAUCAACACCAAGGAGGUGGCCCAGCGGAUCACGGCCGAGCUGAAGCGGUACAGCAUCCCGCAGGCCAUCUUCGCACAGAGGAUCUUGUGCCGCUCCCAGGGGACCCUCUCGGACCUGCUGAGGAACCCCAAGCCCUGGAGUAAGCUCAAGUCCGGCCGGGAGACUUUCCGCAGGAUGUGGAAAUGGUUGCAGGAGCCGGAAUUUCAGAGGAUGUCGGCGCUCAGACUGGCAGCUUGCAAACGCAAGGAGCAGGAGCAGCAGAAGGACCGGAGCCUGCAGCCCAAGAAGCAGCGCCUGGUCUUCACGGACCUGCAGCGCCGCACCCUGAUCGCCAUCUUCAAGGAGAACAAGCGCCCAUCCAAGGAGAUGCAGAUGACCAUCUCCCAGCAGCUGGGCCUGGAGCUCAACACCGUCAGCAACUUCUUCAUGAACGCCCGCCGGCGGUGCAUGAACCGCUGGCAGGAGGAGCCGGGCGCCAACCCCGGGGUCCCCUCGUCGUCUACAAGCACUUUCUCCAAAGCAUGAUGUCCCCCAGCCCUCCCUGCCCCUUCCUGGAUGUCCCCCUCAUGACAAAGCCAACCCCAGACUCACACGCAUGGCCUGACCGGGGUGGGUGCUUUUGGGGUGGGUCCAUCAGCCUCCCAAACCCUCAGCCGGGUGUCACCCAUGGAUGGGCCUCAGGCCACCUCCUGCUGCCACCUUGUGCUGCCACAUCCUGCCAGCUCGUGGAGCAAGGACAGGGUUUGUGACCAGGGCAGCUCCGUCUCCAGGAGGGCUCAGAGGAAACCCUUGUGGAGCAAGGGGUGGCGUGGGAUGGAGGGAAGGAGCGAGGCUCUGUUUGGAAGGAAGCAUCCCUGGUCCCUGGGGAUCACAGAGCCUUGUCUUCACCUGCCCACGAAGGUUUUUGGGGAGAGGGGCCCAUCCUGACCUCUCGCCCAACCUUGAUCUCUGUCACAGCCAUCCUUACAGCUCCCACAGGGGAGGGGUAAAGGUGGGGGUGACACAAGGAGUGCUGUCAUGGGCUGGGUUCUGGCACAACCCCACUGGACCAGGGCCAAACCUGCCGCGGUUCAAAGCAGGCUGAGCAGGGAAAGUGCUCCUGGUGUGCCUGGAGGCCUCCCGGGCUGCUGCCAGGGCUGUGGUUGCUGGAGGUUUUCCCCUGCUGAGGUGCAGUGGGUUCCCCAAGGCAGCCAGACCCUCUGUGCCAUCGCCACGUGGCACUUCUGUCCCUUGAGGGUUUUGGAAACCUGGCUGAGGACAUUCCUGCACCCCUCAUAUCCUCUAUGGGCACCUUCCUCUGAUCCCCCCAGGACCCUCCCAGGAGCACCCACACCCCAGGCCCCUCACACACUCACAGCCCUCGACCCACGAGAGUGCCCCGGCCCCAGAUCCCUCCCGGAGAAGCUCCACGGCGAAGGAGUCCCCUCCUGCCUCCACGGACCCGAGCACCCCCGUCCCGAGGGGACCCCAGCUGCUCCGCGCCACCCGGCGCCCCAGCAGGUCAGAGAAGCACAUUUUAGCUACAGAAAUCGGGUAUUUAAAAAUAACAAUUGUUCGAAAGGAGACGGGAGGAGAGACUUGGAGAGAAGGAUCUGAUCUUUCCUGGUGACUGGCUCCACCUUUCACCUCUGGAUUUCUGGUUCACUUUUCGGCUGAGGAAUGGACACAGACAAAGCAGAUUUGUUGGCUUUGCAUCUCGCCCCAUCCGCCCCUCGACACACACUCUUGUCCCCUCCCAUCCCCCCUCUUCAUCUCUGUUACCAAAGAAAUUACAAAACCAAAAACCCAACGACAACAACCAAAAAAAAAUUCCCUCCUGGGAACCAACAUCGGUGCAUGGUGGGAAAAGAAAAAUCCGAGGGAUCUGGUGGCGAAAUCCAGCCCUGGGUGUGAGAAGGGGGAAAACUCCCCGACAAGAUUGAAAGGGAAAAAAAGCAACCCUCUGAAAAAAAAGGAAUAACAACCGAAACCACAACCAAACAAGCUCAGCAAAGACCGGCAACUUACCAAAAAGACACCAGAUUUUUUUUUUUUUUUUUGUGCCAAUUAACAACCUGCCUUAAACGCGGAUUUCUGGAGCAAUGGUACUUAGCUUCAAAGGGAUCGUUUCCUCCGAGCUCUCAAUGGUGACUUGUGCCAUAUAAAAAAGCAAUCACGAGGCCAAACCCUUACAAUCAGCCCUCUCCCAGCCCCCCAAGGGCUCCGAGGAGCAGGAGGUGCCGCUGGGGACGGGGAAGGGCUGGGAGAGGCUUGGGGAUGAAGGGGGAGGCAAGGUCCCCUUCUUCCCCCACCACUUGGGGAAAAUAUCCUCCAAAACCAACCAUCAACAAAAAAAAAGGGAUACUCUUGAAUUUAUGCGGGUAAAAAGUACCAUCUGUGUUCUAGCGCUAUGGUUUCUUCGAUUCACUUUACUUUGAGAGUGAUCAGUUGUGUCACAGGAAGGCACCUUGUUGAAAAGAAGGAAAAAAGAAAAGAAAAGAAACAAGACGAGAAGAAAAGGGUAUGUGUUCACCAAAAAAAAACCCCACAAAACCAAAAAAAAAAACAAACCAAAACCAAAAUCCACCCCAAAAAAAAGAGGAAAGAAAGGACGAAAGAAUGAAGAGAGAAAGAAAAAAAGCCCUGCACACGAAGCCCUGAGCAGGCAGGGUCAGAGGACGUCUUGAACCAAAGAGCUCCUGGGGUAGGUGGGCGGUGGAGGGGCUGGGGGGUGUCAGACUGGACACGGUCACACCAAACUGAACCAAUGCAUUGCUGGACAGAGGGCGGGAGAGAGGGAUCGGAGAGAGGGAAGAGCAGGAAGGGGCGGGUGCCGCAGCGUAUUUUGCCAACCAGAACCCAAAACCUAAUGGGAAUCUCAUCCCCCCAGGACCCCGCUCCCCGCCACUGAUUUUUUCCCCUGAUGUUGUUUCUUCAUCUUGUCGUGACGUGGUGACGAUGGUGGUGGAUUCCUGAACCCCAUCGAGUAGUAUUCAAGGGCUGAAAAGCCAGGAAGGGGGCCUUGGUUUGGGAAGUGAAAAACACAACAGGAAAAAAAAAAAAAGGCAAAAAAAGGAAAAGAAAGAAAAAGAAAAAAAAAGAAAAAGAAAAAAAAAGAGUAAAUGCCACAGGCCCUCAAGGAUGCAAAGACAUUUCUAGUGAGAACCCGAGACUAAAGGCUACCUCACUUGAGUUUUCAAUUUCUGUGAUUUGAAAAUCACGUCUGAUACCAAAGAUUUUGUUGCCUUGUCUGGUCUGUGCUGGAAACGCCACUUUCCCUGCUCCCCGUGGCCAGCCCGGCCCAGAGCCCCUGGCCACCCCCAGCCCCAGCCCCAGCCCUGUCGAGUCCCCAGAGAGCGAGGGAGGAGGCGAGCGAGCGACUCCGGGAUGGCAGCGUGGUAGAUGAGUGCCUUUUUCUUGUACCAAAGGUGUGUGGCCAUUUCUUUGCUCCUCUGCUUUGAUCCUAAAGACUCACUGUUACCUCAGCUCUCCACAGGGACAGAUUCCCACAGCUCUCGUAGUCUUUAGGUGUUGGGAUGAAGGAAAGAAACCCAACACUUGUCCUAAUUGAAGAGGAAACAUCCCCCUCGCUGAGGGAAAGGUGCUGGUUCCCCGGCAUGUCCCCCCUCUCUGAUGUCCCUGUGUCCCCCAGCCUGGUCCCCAGGGUCCCUCCCUCCAGCCCCUCUUGCCCCAGGAGCACAGACCUGGUGUCCAGGGACGCUGCUCCCAGGGAAAGGCUUUGCUCCAUGUCCUUCUCCAGCCUCUCGGUGCUGCAACCCUGCAGAAGCCCACGGGGUGACCAAGUGAGUUUCCUCAAGAGGUGACCAAGUGAUUUUCCUCACAAGGUGACCAAGUGAGUUUCCUCACAGGGUGACCAAGUGAGUUUCCUCACAAGGUGACCAAGUGAUUUUCCUCACAAGGUGACCAAGUGAGUUUCCUCACAGGGUGACCAAGUGAGUUUCCUCACAAGGUGACCAAGUGAGUUUCCUCACGGGGUGUUUUUGCUUCACGCAGCUCAGAUUCGGGCUUCAGUUCCCGCUUUUGGUAGCACAGCUCGUGGCAUUUCUGUUUGGACAGAUGAAGGCAGGAGCCAUGAAAAGCUUCACCAAACUCGUCCUCCAAACUCUUCCUUUAGGGAAUGGGCUGGAGCUGUGAAUCCUUUCAGUAGGAGCUGUUUCCAGGUCCCCAAAGGGGCGUUUUUGGCUCACUGGGGAAGGUCUCUGCAGCCCCGUCUGCUCCAUUCUGUCCCUUGGCUUCAGCAGGAGGACCUGCCAGAGAUGCUCUUCCCCAGCAAUCUCCAGAAUGCCCAGUUUAGGGAAAACUUGGGUUGAAUUGUACCUGCCUGGUUCAGGCUCCAGCCAAGGCGACUCCUCUGAGUUGGACCAAACUUGCCCAGGGCCAACCCUGGUGUGAUUCUUGGGGCUGUCCUGUGCAGGGCCGGGAGCUGGGCUUGGUGAUCCUUGGGGGUCCCUUCCAGCCCAGGAGAUUCCAGGAUUCCAGGAUUCUAACACCCCUGGUGAGAGCAACCCCGUGCGGGUUCCCCAUCCUGCUGGGCAGCCUGAGAGGGCCGGUCAGACCCUGUCACCUCCCUGUGCCCCCCGUCCCCCUCCACACUAUUGCCUUGGCCAGGGCUUGCCCGCCCUCCUGGCCACGCCACCCCUCUUGUCCCCAGUCCCCACCUGGCUUGUGAUACCAAAGACGUUCUCUAUGCAGGAGAAAGCCUUCAUUGCCACCCAGCACAGACCUUACAAGCCUUUGACAAUGUUCUCUGAAAUACCUCAAAAUAUUUAAUGUAUAGUUUAUGUGAUAAAAAAAAAAAAAAUUACUUAGCUAGUUUUUGGAAUUUGUGACUUGAAGCUUUAUACUGUUAAAUUAUAAUUUUGCAGAAGACGGCAUGUUCUUAUUUCUUUGAUGCGUUCAAUGGGAGACAUAUUGAAUGUUAAGGAAAUGAAAGCUGGAUAGUUUCACGAUUAAAAAAAAAGAGAGAGAAAGAGAGAGAGAGAAAGAGAGAGAGAAAGAUUAAAAAAAAAAAGGACCCUUGGUGUUUACAGAUUUCAUAUUUAAACAAGUCCUUUUAAAAAAAAAAGAAAAAAAAAGAAAAACUAAUGAUGAUGACGAUACCUUUGCGUUCAGAUGUGUUACUUUUCUCUGAGUCAUGUCGUACAAGAGUAUUUAUUAUAUGUGUUCUGUGUUCAAAUGUAAUUUAAGGAAGACAAAAAAAAAAGGCAAAAAAAAAAAAAAGACAAGAUGAGAAUUUGAUUUAUGC